AAGCUAAUGUCUCCCACCACCCUCCAUAUAACAUACCUUCAUCUCCCUUGCCUUCAUUCCUCACGAAAUCACUCCUCCUGCUUAUUUGCUCUCACCCGAUAUGAUGCAUAUAGAUUUGGGGCCCGCCGUCGUAGCCGUGAUUAUGUUCAUACUCCUCUCACCAGGGUUGUUGUUCCAGAUGCCAGCACGAACCAGGAUCAUAGAGUUUGGAAACAUGUACACUAGCUGCAUAGCCAUUCUCAUUCAUGCCCUUCUCUAUUUUUGUAUUUUUACCAUUUUGGUUGUAACUAUAGGUAUUCACAUACAUACUUGAUUCUCUUUUCUUAAAACUCUUUAUAAACAAAUGUAUCAUCUCAACACUCUCUAUAUAUGUCAU